AUGUGGCUCAACACCAGUUCUUCACCAUUCCUGCUUACUUGUUUCCCAGGCAUGGAAAAGGUCCAUCACUUGAUUUCCAUCCCAUUGCUGGUGGUCUACAUUGCCAUACUUCUUGGUAAUUGAAUGCUUCUCUUUCUCAUCAGGGUUGACCAUAACCUCCACGAGCCCCUGUACUAUUUCUUGGCUAUGUUGGCAGCCACAGAUCUUGGAGUGACAGUGACCACAAUGCCCACAGUUCUGGAUGUCCUGUGGUUAAACCACAGAGAGAUUGCCCAUGGGGCCUUCUUCUCUCAAGCCUACUUUAUCCACACUCUUUCUAUUAUAGAGUCUGGUGUCUUGCUUGCCAUGGCUUAUGAUCAUUUCAUUGCCAUCCACAACCCCUUGAGAUAUUCCUCCAUUCUCACCAAUGCCAGAAUAAUGAAGAUUGGGAUGGGAGUACUGACAAGGGCUGGUCUUUCCAUUACACCAGUAAUUAUUCGCUUGCACUGGUCCUUUUGUCGAUCCCAUGUACUCUCCCCUGCUUUUUGUCUACACCAAGAUGUCAUCAAGUUAGCCUGUUCUGACAUCACCUUCUAUCGCUUUUAUCCAAUUGUGGUUGUAUUCAUAAUGGUUUUGUUGGACUUUCUCAUCAUCUUUUUCUCCUACAUUCUAAUCCUCAAGACUGUGAUGGACAUUGCCUCAGGGGAAGAGAGGACGAUGGCCCUCAACACGUGUGUCUCCCACAUCUGCUGCAUCCUCGUCUUCUAUGUUACUGUAGUUAGUCUUACAUUUAUCCAUAGAUUUGGAAAACAUAUUCCUGGAGUGGUCCAUAUUACAAUGAGCUACAUCUAUUUUCUUUUCCCUCCUUUUAUGAACCCUGUCAUCUAUAGCAUUAAAACCAAGCAGAUCCAGAGUGGUAUAAAUAGCUUUUUCUCUCUGCCUCAGUCUAAGACGUGA